GCGCGAGCAGUGUGAGUGCGCUCGUGAAAGCAGCUACAACUCGCAGACUCGGCAGCAAACGCUCUUCAAACCAAACUAGAUAGUCAUAGACGGCUUUCCGAAGCUUACUGCACGAAGAAAACAUAGCGAUUAGUCUUUAUUACAACCUCGCUUUGGUUCAGUUCAUUUGCCUGGGGACGCUGGACAUGGAGCUGGCUGGGUCUGUAUAACAAACGGGGACAAAGCGGAUCAGCUCGAGCCGAGAUGAGCGCGACUAUGAGCGGCUCUGGGUCAGCGCCCUGUCGCUUCGCACAUUACUUCAUCAUAUGCGGAAUAGACAACGAAACUGGUCUAGAGCCCGAUGCUUUGGCAGCUUUGUACCAAUGGCUAGAGGCCGAUCGACAGGGCAAGGACCCAGAGGCCUUGGCAGCAGGGGAAAACUUUGAUCAGAGCCCCCUCAAAAGGACCUUUAAAUCCAAAGUUCUGGCCCACUACCCAGAGAACAUCGAGUGCAGCCCAUUUGACCAGGAUGCUGUUAACAUGCUCUGCAUGCCCAAAGGUCUGUCCUUCCGAACACAGCGUGACAGUCGGACCCCACAGUUCCACUCUUUCCUCAUCACAAGAGAAGACGGCUCUCGCACUUAUGGUUUCGUUCACACCUUCUACGAGGAGGUGACCAGCCCUCAGAUCUGCUCCGCCAUGCAGACGCUACUCCAGAUGCACCAAGCGGAGCAUAAUACAUCAGCGCAUAACUGCCCUUCGUCGUCCUCUUCCUCCUCCUCUAGCAUGGACUCUUUAGCCAGCAGCCUGGAUGAAGUCGAGUCUCCUUCCUCAUCUUCAUUAUCACAAGGGGGUCGCAGGAGCUGUGGCUGCUCUGGCGAAGGAUACGACUCUGUUCGCGACACUCUAUACGUGUCUAAAGCCAUGUGUCUAAUCACGCCUAUGCCCUUCAUGCACGCCUGUAAACGCUUCCUGUCCCAGAUCCACCUGGCCGUCACUUCACAUCAGCCACCCCCACUCCCUUUGGAAAGCUACGUCUACAACAUCCUCUAUGAGGUACCCUUGCCACCCCCUGGACGCUCUUUAAAGUUCCACGGAGUGUAUGAACCUAUUCUGUGCCAGAGGCCUGGUGUUGGGGAGCUGCCAUUGGCUGAUUUUCCAUUGGGUGAGGCCUUCCGAUUGUUAGGUGUGGAAAAUCUGGUGCAGCUUUUCACUUGUGUUCUGCUGGAGAUGCAGAUCCUCCUCUACUCACAGGACUACCAGAGGCUCAUGGUGGUUGCGGAGGGAAUCACAACGUUGCUGUUCCCAUUCCAAUGGCAGCAUGUGUACGUGCCCAUCCUUCCCGCUUCCCUGCUGCACUUCUUGGACGCCCCUGUGCCCUAUCUCAUGGGCCUGCAGUCCAAAGAGGGCACGGACCGCUCCAAACUAGAGCUGCCUCAAGAGGCAAACCUGUGUUUCGUUGACGUCGACAACCACUGCAUCGAACUGCCUGAAGACUUUCCUCAGUUCCCCAACAAGACCGAAUUCAUCAAAGAACUCAGUGAGGUGUUGCUAAGUUUUGGCCUGUCUCCCGCGGGAGGCAACACCUCCCCUGGACCUGCCAUCAGCACGCAGUCCUCCACGCUGGAGAAGGAGCUGAAGAGCACAUCCUUGAGAGAGUUAGUGGACGACAAAAGGAACGGCAACCUCGGUGGGGAGGCACUGGACAUGCUGGAACUUCUUCAAGGCAACCCGACCCUGGAGCGUUUGCAGGCUCUGGCCAAAAGGACUGGGGUGAAAGUGGCCCGUCUGGAGGCAUUGGCAGCGGGACAGAAGGCCGUAGGGGACGAGGGCGUUGGAGGAAGGUCUCCUGUUGAGGAAGAGGAGCUGAGGAACGCUAAACUGAACGUGCAGCUGAGGGAGGUGUUCGCCGCACGCUUCGCGACAAUGUUUGCGGACUACGAGUCAUUUGUGAUUCAGAACUCGCCAGAUUUGGAGUCCUGGCUGACAAACAGAGAGCAAAUGCACAACUUUGACAAGGCCUCAUUCCUUUCAGACCAGCCGGAACCGUAUUUGCCCUUCCUGUCCCAUUUCAUCGAAACGCAAAUGUUUGCCACCUUCAUCGACAACAAGAUCAUGUCUCAAUGGGAGGAGAAAGAGCCCCUCCUACGAGUGUUUGACGGACGCAUUGAGAAGGCCCGCCUCUACAACGUCCGCGCCCCCAGCUUGCGCUCAUCUGUUUACCAGAAAUGCACGUUCCUGAAGGAAUCGGCCCAGGCCAUAGAGCAACGGCUGAGAAAGAUCGACCACACGGCCAUCCAUCCUCACCUGCUGGAUAUGAAGAUUGGCCAAGGAAAAUACCAGCAGGGCUUCUUUCCCAAACUACAGGCUGAUGUGCUUGCCUCAGGGCCCACCAACAAGUGGUCCAAUCGCACAUGCUCGACUCAGCGCAGAGUGGACCGGCACAGACAGCAGAACGAACAUCUUGUGCUAGACAAUGACCUCAAAGAGAAGUACAUGCAGGAGGCCCGUAACCUGGGGAAGAACCUGAGACAACCCAAAUUAUCAGACCUCUCCCCUGCAGUCAUCGCUCAGACCAACUGGAAGUUUGUGGAGGGUUUACUGAAAGAAUGCAAGAUGAAGACCAAGCGUAUGUUGGUGGAGAAAAUGGGCAGAGAGGCUGUUGAACUGGGACAUGGAGAGGCAAACAUCACCGGUCUGGAGGAGAACACGCUCAUAGCCAGUCUGUGUGACCUGCUGGAGAGAAUAUGGAGCCACGGCCUACUGGUCAAACAGGGAAAGUCUGCGCUGUGGUCUCAUCUAUUGCACUAUCAGGCAAGAGAAGAGAAAAACGAGCUGCUGUCAGAGUCUCCAGUGUCUAAUGGCCAGGAAAGACGAAAGUCAGAGUCCAGUGUUGGUCUUCCUGCAUUACGUGUCUCAGUCAUACAGGACAUGAGACACAUCCAGAACAUGGGAGAGAUUAAGACCGAUGUAGGUCGAGCACGUGCCUGGAUCCGUCUGUCCCUGGAGAAAAAACUACUUUCCCAGCAUCUCAAACAGCUGCUGUCUAACCAGGCUUUAACCAAGAAGCUGUACAAGCGGUACGCUUUCUUGCGCUGCGAAGAGGAAAAAGAACAGUUUCUCUUUCAUCUCCUGAGCCUGAAUGCAGUGGACUACUUCUGCUUUACCAGCGUCUUCACCACCAUAAUGAUUCCGUACCGGGCCGUCAUCAUCCCUAUCAAGAAGCUUAGUAACGCGAUGACGACGUCCAACCCUUGGCUGUGUGUGUCCGGCGAGCUAGGCGACUCCGGCACCCUGCAGAUCACGAAGAAUGUUCUGGAAAUGACGUUUGACUCUGCCUUUAGGCCUCACACGCACAUCUCCAUCGCCUUCAAGCGUCAGAACCUCGGGAAGUUGACAACAGUGCAGCUGGGUCAUGAUAAUUCUGGCUUGCUUGCCAAGUGGCUGGUGGAUUGUGUCAUGGUCCGCAAUGAGAUCACUGGCCACACAUACAAGUUCCCGUGCGGCAGGUGGCUAGGGAAAGGUGUGGAUGAUGGCAGUCUUGAGCGAGUUCUGAUCGGUGAAUUUGUAGUUCCGUGCAAUGAUGAUGAAGGAGGCCGAGGGGCUAAGACUCCGCCCCUUCAGCGAUCGCCUUCCCAGAUCCGACGAAUUAGCAUCACAUCACUUACAGGACGUGGAAACAAACCAACCACCGUUCAGAUACAGGAAUCCAUCGGUGAAGCAGUCAACAAUAUUAUCAAGCAUUACCACAAACCAGAGAAAGAGAGGGGCAGUCUUACGGUUCUGCUGUGUGGUGAGGGUGGUCUGGUGUGGGCACUGGAGCAGUUCUUCCAACAUGGAUUCCGCUCCGCUCGAAUCUUUCAGAAAAAUGUCUUUGUGUGGGAUUUCUACGAGAGAGUAGUAGCGUUUAUGGACAAUGCAGAUCAGAUUGGAGACCUCCAAGAAAUACCAGAGCCUCUUGGUCUGAAUUGUGAAUCUUUCUGUCGAUACGUCAACGCCAUUAACAAUAUGCCACGCAACAUUGGCAAGGAUGGCAAGUUCCAGCUGCUAGUUUGCCUCGGGGCAAGAGACCGGUUAUUGCCGCAGUGGCUCCCUCUGCUGGCCGAAUGCCCGGUCAUCACACGCAUGUACGAGGAGAACGCGUUACUUCGAGACAAGCUCACCGUCAGCUCUCUCGUCGGUGUCCUGGAAACGCUCAAUGACUUUCCCAUCACUCUGGAGACCUCCUUUACGAAAAGCGUUGAGCUGUGAUUCCACAUACUGAGCUCAAAUUCAGACUGCUCCCCCUCUCUGCUGCCACCCUCAGGGCCAAAGCGGCUCUACAAGUUACUCUGCCUUGUGCGUUUGCUGACCUGGGAAGAACUGAGGACUUAUCAAAGCUUCUCUCAAUCUGACUGUCUCCUGCACCCCCAAAGAAAUGAACUCUGAACUUCAGAAGUGUGUUUUGUAGCAGUAUUUGGAGUUGUGCUCUUUCUAACUGAAAGUGUUGAUG